AUGGCAACGCCAAGACCCUAUGUUGGCAAGCCAUACACGGUCCCUUCGCUUUUGAUCAAGGCCGAGGGAGACCAGGUGUUGACCCCUGACUACGUUCGCGGAGUCCCAUACGAUCUCUUUGUCGACCUGGAGCAGUCAUCCAUCGCUGUUGGAGGACAUUACGUCCAGAACGAGGCUGCUGAUGAGGUUAACCAGGAAUUGACCCGUUACCUCAACAAGUUGUUCGAUGAGAAGCUCAAGAUCCCCAAGACCAAAGCUCAGGCUCAGGAGAAGAAGGAGAUUUCGCAGGAAGUUCAGGAGCAGUCGGCACAGACUGUUGCUCGUGAGGAGUAA